AUGCUGCCACAACUCAUCACAGGUACAGUUACAGUUCCUGAUACAGUUACACAUCUUAUUCCAGCAUGCUGUGCUCAAUGCAAAAUUUCGCAUAUAAUUUUCCCAUCUUCUUUGAUAGAAAUUGGAGGAUACUCAUUUUAUGGAUGCAAAGCUUUAGAAGAUGCCGUGAUUCCUGAUUCUGUUACUACAAUUGAUGGUAGUGCCUUUAGGUAUUGUUCCAAAUUAACAUCUGUUAAAAUGUCAAAGAAUGUUACAUCUUUAUCCGCUUAUUGUUUUGGAAAUUGCGGAUUAACUUCAUUCGAAAUCCCAGAUUCUGUAAGAACUAUACAUGAGUACUGUUUCCAAGCUUGCAAUAGUUUAAAGAAAGUUAUUAUUCCAGAUAAUAUUACAAUGAUAUAUGGCAAUGCAUUUGAGUCCACAACAAAGAUUGAAUUUGGUCCGAAUUCUAAUUACUACAUUGACAAUCAAAACUUAAUUAUUGAUAAAGAUAACACAACGAUUGUUCAAUAUAUUGGACAGAACAUUGCCAAAGAAUUUCUUAUAAUAAAAACUAUAAAAACUAUAUCCGGUGGUGCCUUCAAAGAAAAAAGUCUUUUGAGUCGAAUUGAAUUCGAACAAGAUUCAGUUCUUGAAAAGAUUUCUAGUUUUUCUUUCCAAGGUUGUACGAAUUUAGUAUUUGUUAAUUUACCAUCUACUAUAACAAGAAUUGAUAUUAAUGCCUUUGAAGGUUGCCAAAAACUUGAGCAAAUUUCACUUUCCAAGUUAUUAGCUCUUGGAAGCUAUUCUUUUCAAAAUUGCAUCAAUCUUAAAACAGUAAACUUUGGCACUUCUCCAUUAAUACAGAUUGGGAUAUCUGCAUUUUCUGGUUGUUCGAAAUUGACAACAUUCAUGUUACCAGAAAACGUCAAAUAUUUGCUUGAUAAUGCAUUUGAAUCAACACCAAGUUUAAGUACAUUAACUUUUUUAUCAAGUAUUGAGACCAUAUCAGAUUAUUGCUUUUCAGGGAGUGGAUUAACACAAGUUGAUUUAUCUAUGUGCACCAAAAUGACAAAUAUUAGUCAAUUCUGUUUUAGCAAUUGUAUCAACCUCGAAACUAUUACAUUUCCAGAUAGCAUUCAAACCAUCGGAAUCUUUUCAUUCAAGAACACUAAACUCAGAAAACUUGUUUUACCCGUUAAUACUGCAUCUAUUGGCAACUCUGCAUUCCAAGAUUGCACAGAGCUGACAUAUUUCGAAAUAUUGGAAAACUCAAAGCUUCAGAACAUCGGUUUGAGUGCAUUCCGCAACUGUUAUAAUCUUCAGAACAUAUCAUGUCCCAAUGAUCGAAGCAGAUUAUUCACUGUGAUGACCGGAGCCUUAUUCAAUGUCGAAAUGACCAUCCUUUACCUAUAUCCACCCGCAUCUCCAAUCACAUUCUUCAGCUUACCAGGAACGGUCACGACGAUCGAUCAAGGUGCAUUCAUCGGAUGCACCAACUUGAUUUCCGUUCUUAUUCCAAGCAACAGCGUUACUCGAAUCUCAACGAGUGCAUUCGAAGGUUGUUCAAACUUGAUAUCAAUCAACAUUCCACUUUGUGUCAAAACAGUUGAUCAAAACGCUUUCCUUGGCUGUGAUAAACUUGUUUGUGGUGUCUACAUCGAAAGCAAAAAUAAGACAUUCAUCCAAUCCGUCAUCGACAAUGAUGGUCUUCCUAAAAGUUCAUACCAAUCAUGCAGUAACAGACAGAACUCGAUCAAAUGCAACAUUCCCCGAAUCAAUCCUCAAUAUUAUCUUGUUUUUAUUUUAAUGUGA